AUGUGUAAUUCUUUCAUGAGAUCUCGUCAUGCUAUAAACGUAAAUAUCAUAUUUGUCCUCUGCCCUUCUUUUAUCAAUAUGGCUGAGGCCAAAGCUAAAGGACCCAGCUUCAGAUGGGAAAGUCUUAAAGGCAUGCCAACGAAACGUGUCUUCUCUUCACCUGUAGAAUGCAAUGGCUGCUUAUAUGUUGUGGGAGGCUGUGAUGCAAAAGGAGUCCCUUUACCAUGCUUUGAAAUGUAUGAUCCUGGUAAGAGGCACUGGUCAAGGUUGGCUGAUAUGCCUACUAAACGAGCUGGAGCAGCUGCAGCGGUGGUUGGAGAUAACAUUAUAGUGUUUGGGGGCGUAGCAGAAACUCAGCAACCUUUAGAUUGUGUUGAAGCAUAUAAUAUUAAAGAAAAAAAAUGGACAGUAAAAGAACCAAUGAUUGAACAUUUGUUAGGCAUAUCUGCAGUAGUCAAAGAUGGCCAGGUUCUUGUUUUGGGUGGAAUGGCACUAGAUACAAACCCUAGAGAUUUCUUGUUGAGUUAUAACAUAGAAACCAACAAGUGGAAGAGUAUGCCAUCCAUGCCUACUGCUAGAUAUGCAACAUUUUCAUUUCUUCUAAAUGAUGAGAAAGAUCUGUAUGUUAUUGGGGGAAGACAGGGUAAACUGCCAACUACAGCAUUUGAAGUGUUCAACUUUGAGACAAACAAAUGGCGAGAACUUCCUGCCAUCCCUAGCAAAAGAGUGUUUGCUUUGUACACAACUUCAGAUACCCAUAUGUUCAGCAUGGGAGGCCUCAAGAAGAAGGCUCAGGAAGGGUUUUCUGAUGUUUGUGAGGCAUUUGAUUUGAAAAAUGAGGAAUGGAAAGUUGGUAAAUCUAUACCCACAGCUAGAGGGGACUUUGCUAUAGCAUAUAUGGGUAACAAAGUGAUAUGUGCUGGGGGCCUAGGCAAUCAGGGAAAACCGUUGACAACUGUAGAGGCAUAUGACCUUGACACAGAUAGCUGGAGUGAAAUCGGCUACACAUCAUGGGAGGACUAUGUUUACAAGGCCCUAGUGGUCACAUGGAGGCACUUGGAUUUAAAUAAAUGUAAGCUCAUACUUUCAAGUUGAGGGUCAUGUAAGUCUGAUAUCAAUGGAUAGAACUCCCCAAAAAAGUUUCUGUGUGCCAAGUGAAAAAUCAUGAUUUGAUUGUAACUUGAAAGGUAUGAUACUAAGUGUAGUUUAGGAAUAAAAGCUACAUUCACCAAAGGAGUCUAUUUGAAUUACAAGGUGAAACCAGUUUGGUGUAUGUAUUGUACAUCGCUGCAUAUCACCGACACCAACAGCUUUUACUAUUGAAUCGUUUGUAACCGGAAGGGACUUGUUGGGUUGAAUUUGAGACAGCCAUUCUAUAAGUACACCAAUGUUUUUUGGAUAUUUCUUAUCAUUGUUAUUAUCAUAUAUCAAAGUAAAAUCUUGUUAAGGGCUAAAAUCCCUGAAUAUUAUGCCAAAUCCAAGUGAAUCCCUUCUUGUUAUACGUCAUACUGUUCCAUGACAGAAAUAUCCAUCAAAUGAAAUACUCAAAUUUCUGUGAAACUGGUGCCCCAUAAUUGCAACUUUGCUUAUUGAGGUUAUGACAUAAAGUUAUGAAUGCACCAUGAUCAGUGGCAUAGUGUGGGUAUUUUGUGAGUGUACGCCAUGAGUGAGCGAGGCGAUCAAGCUUUGAGGGGGGAAAGAAAAUUUGAAAAUGAUA